AUGCCUCCAGCGCAGCUCCAAGAGCAGCGAUCCAGUUCCUUCGCGCGGAAGGGAAUCGCUCCACAUGCAUCCCAGGACACGGCGGCGUUUCGCUCUGAGCCGCAUUCGGGCCGCCUCAGCGUCGAGGCGCGUUGUGACCAACGGGGCCACGACUGCAUGGCCACCACUCGUGAAGUGGCCGUUGAAGUGGCGAUGAGCGGAGAAACGGUGCUUCGCAUCAUCCACCCUACGCGUCCAACAAGACGCUCGCGCCCCUUGCCAAGUUUCGCUGGGAGAUUUGUCGGGAAGAUGACCUUCAUUCAAGAGGAUGUGUUGAAUGUAGGAGGUGUGCUUCCUUUUGGCGCGGGGGCGGCGGCGCCGCGCAGCGAGGAGCAGCAGGCGCAGCUGCUGGGCGCCGGCCAGAGGGCGUGCGCGCGGCGCAUCGCGCACGAGGCGACGGCAGCGCUCCGGGCGGACGGAGGCGCAGGCGGGGCGUCGUGCCCGCCGGUGUGGGACGGCAUCCUGUGCUGGCAGCGAGCAACGCCCGGCCAGCUGCUCACCCAGCGCUGCCCCGCCUACAUCGCUGGCUUCCACUCGCAGGCCAAUGCAUCCAAGCUGUGCACGGAAUCCGGUGAAUGGUACUCGCGUGAUGAGGGGCCGUCGGAGGCUUCCUGGACCAACUUCUCUCUGUGCUUCAGUGGCCCCAAAGCCACAGUCAUCGUCAACGUAGGAUUGUCUCCCAAGAACGAAUCGCACAUUGAGCCGUACUUGUCCUCCCUGAAGAUAAUUUCCCAGAUGGGUUACGCAGUCUCUUUAUUGUCGCUUUUGAUAGCCUUCAUCAUCUUUUCCUGCAUUAAGAAGCUGGGCUGCCCUCGGAAUGUGCUGCACAUGCACCUGUUCGCGUCGUUAUACUGCGAAGUUUUAGAAUAUCGCUCACCAAGCACAGCUGUUGUCUCUCGUCCAAGUGAAAGAGAGGGUAUGUGUUUGAUGCUUUUGCAGGAAGCUGCGCUGCCCUCGGAAUGUGCUGCACAUGCACCUGUUCGCGAAGCUGCGCUGCCCUCGGAAUGUGCUGCACAUGCACCUGUUCGCGUCGUUAUACUGCGAAGUUUUAGAUAUCGCUACACCAAGCACAGCUGUGUCUCUCGGCAAGUGAAAGAGAGGGAUGUGUUUGAUGCUUUUGCAGGAAGCUGCGCUGCCCUCGGAUGUGCUGACCAUGCACCUUGUUCGCCGCGGCUUCAGUGCUGCUCAGGACUUCGCUUCGUGCAGGGCCUCGGCAUGACCACCGACUUGCUCACGCGGGAGGAAGGCGACUACUUCAACAGCGAGCCGCAGGUGAGUGCUGCCGAAGCCGUCAAGAUGAACUGGCUCUGCAGGAUGAUUAUUAGCAUCUGGCAGUAUUUCAUCAUGGCAAAUUAUUCGUGGAUCUUGAUGGAGGGGUUGUACCUUCACAAUCUCAUUUUCUUGGCCCUCUUCUCCGACAACAGCGCAAUCACUCUCUACAUCGCGCUCGGCUGGGGCUGUCCCUCCAUGUUUGUUCUGUCUUGGAUAAUUUGUCGAGCGCUUCUGGAGAACACAUUAUGCUGGACAACAAAUGACAACACGUCAGUAUUUCUUCUUAUCAGAGUUCCUACAACAGCAUCAAUCGUGGUGAGUUUUCUAUUGUUCAUCAAUAUAGUGCGAGUAUUACUUCUCAAACUUAAAUCAUCAGUUUGCGAGGAAACCAAAACCUACAGACGAUGGGCAAAAUCUACAUUGGUUUUGGUGCCACUUUUUGGUGUUCAUUAUAUGGUUUUCCUCACGCUACACUUAAUCAAACAUAACACAGUCGAAAUUGUGUGGCUAUUUUGCGAUCAGCUUUUCGCAUCCUUCAAUGUGAGUGUAACUGGAUUUUUCGUUGCCCUUCUGUACUGUUUCCUGAACGGAGAAGUAAGAUGCGAGAUAGCGAAGAGGUGGAACCAUUUUUCACUGGCAGAUCUCUUGGAACGAUGCACUUGUUUGGGCCAUAACAACAUAGCGGACGACAUUUUGAAAAACAGUGGGCGCUUUCUUGGAAGAAAUCGACACAACCAAUCGCGAGGCUCUUGCUACUCCAGCACCUCCUUCAUGUCAGUCAGUGUGCUGCCUGCAGGCCACUGCUGCAACCCAAACAAGAAGAGACAGCAAAGCGCUUUGGAAGGGGCGGUGCCCGCGUCACGGCCACCUUGUGCCAAAAGAACGUCUCUCCGCGGGGAUUUGGCCGAUGUUACGGAAGUGUCCGACUCGGUGGAUAAGGAGACCAAUGAUAUUGUGUAGCUAGGUCAGGAUAAGCUGUCCAAUGGACCUUCAGUCUAAAGAACUUUGCGCCCGUUAUGUGCAUUUUAGGCUUGUGAUGCUUUGUGAAAGUGUUUGUUAAUUAUUGGAUAUGGUUAAUAAUAAUUAUUAUUAACUGAAAACUGAUCUAUAAACACACAACUGAAUUAUUCAACUCUUUGCAGUAUUGCAUUGUAUUCUUUGCAGUAUUGAUGACGAACUAGCAAAACUUUGGAAGAUCUUUAAUAAACAGAAUGUGUAAACGUGUAUAUUUAAAAUUAAUCAGCAGACAGGCGAACUUUGUUUUAUUGUAGUAUUAUAAAAGUUAUAAGCCGACUUGAGCAUGUAUUUCUUUCUCCACGAAAUUUAAGCAUAGUCUAAAUCAGAGCUGCUCAAGUAGGCGGCGUACCUGGCCUCCACUUCACUGCAGGCAAUCGAGGUAGCCCACUGAUUGUCAAGGCAGCCCCGGGGCAGGGGGAGAGAGCGCUGCUCGCAUUGCUCAUAGAGGGAAAGGGGGGGUAAACGUAACCUAGAGACUUGGUGAAAGGUGUGUGCCCCGCUGCUGGCCGAGUCAACCCGAGGGUAGGGGAAGGCUAAGGAGAGAGGGCGCUGCUCGCAUUGCCCAUAGAGGACAAAGAGGGGUAGAGAGUCUAGUCUACUGAACGAGGCGUGACCCGAUAGGCCACUGCAGCGACCGACAUCUCUGAGCAGCCCUGAUGAUAAUGGGCUGUACCAACAGAAGGCCUCUGUAGUCCUUCACUUAAAUUGCGAUUGUUUUAUAUUCUUGACGAUUUUCCAAAAUGAAUGUAACUAAUAAUAUCAAUGUGCAUUGAUUUUGUCAAAAAAUAUUUAUUCUAAGAAGGGAGGAUGCCAUGAAAUGGAUAAAAUUAUCGACUUUCUUUUUUAGAUAAAUUAAUAGCUCAAACUUCUCUCUUCCCAAAUAUUUUAACAUUUUUCUUCUGCGACGCCUGGGAGUCACCUUAAUUCUUAUUUAAAUGUUCUAGUACGCAUAAGUCACUCCCUCUUUGUUGACACUGCAGACAAGCAUGGCAUCAUUUUGAACGCAUGUUGGAUCAUUAAUAAUAUCUUCCGAGCUGGAUAGCCGUGGUCUGUUGGAUAUUUUGUGCCUAAAUGUUUCAUCUGCGAAGUCUGUAGAACUCCCUGUUCUUGUGACGGUGUAUACAACAGCACCACUCUACGAACCAUUAACACCCGUCUCUCUGAACACAAUGGGAACUGUCAUUUUGGCCAAACUCAGAAGUCUGCAGUGGCCGAAACCCUUUCUCUGGUCUUGAGCUCAUCAGAUUUGAAGAUGCUGAUGUUUUAUACUGUAUGGAACCCAACCAUGCCAGUCUGCACCGUGAGGCCAAUGAGAUUCUUAAACAUGCUUUUAAUUUAAUAAAAAAGAAGAAGGGAUGAAAGACCACUCGGCAUGGUUACCUACGUUGUUCCUAAGUCAACAGACGACACCAGUGCCCCCGCGCCGCAAACAUACGAGAAAUAUUUACCAGUCAGCUGUCUGAAAGGACAUCGCUACGCUAGAUUCGAGAGGAGUGGGGAGUUUGGUUAUUUUGACCAAAGGAAUAUUACGUCGAAUUUGUAGUUCAUUUAUCCAUGCAAAAUUGUUUUUCAUACAAGGGAGCGAACAUUCCACGUCACCAGAUUUUGUCUACAACUCGUAUUACUAUCAUUUAUUCUUAAUGCAACUAAUGUAGGGAAAGGAAUAGGUGUAGAUAUUCCGGGGCUCAAAAAAACGAGCGGAUAUAAUACCAGUCGCCACUGAAGAUGACUGUCGCAGAUGAAACGUUUGGGCACAGAAUGUCGAAUAAACCACCGCUAUCCAGCGCGGAAGGUAUUAUUAAUCCAGUCGUGAAAGCCUGCAUUGCAUGUUGGGUUUUUAACGAGUUACUGAAACAUGUUCUUGUUCAUACGUUGGUAGCACUAGUCUUUUCCGCCAAAGAAAAUGAACCAGAACAGGGAGCAGAAUGUUCUAGUAGAGCAUCGUCAAGUUCUACUGACUUUGAAUUUGAAUUCAAGUACUACUGACUACAUAUCCCUAAAAUGUUCUUACUUUUGUAAUUAAAGAAUCUUUUAUCAGAAACUAUUAUUCACAAUUUAUUGAACCUUACAUGAAUGUAAUAACAAAGGUUUUAUUUUUAUGUUUGUGAAAUAUCAAAAUUUUCUAAUUUACCAUAUUUUAAAAAAUGUACAUCAAUAGUACCAAAUUUAAAAUGGGUUAUAUACAUGGUACCCUCUCCUCUUAAUAUGUACAUUGUGAGUGAAAAAAUCGACUUUCUCGCAUUAAUAGUUUGUAUUUAAUUCCAUACCUUGCUAAAUUGUAUGUCGAAUAAAAGGAGAUGUAUCAUUAACACAUCUGAAUGUAUCAAACUAUAUAAAAUUAAGAUUUAUGUUACUAACAAUAUAUCCACAUUGUAGUCUUAUUAUUAUUUACUUUUUGAGUAAAUAUUCCGUUCGAUGAAUACUCAGUGUUUUAACCUCGGUCAUUCAAAUUCUAACAAACACUUGUUAUAA